AUGACUUCACGUCGCACGGAAACACCACACAACAACACGUGGCUAAGAAAGGAUCAGACUUUGAGGGAUGCUUCUGAGCAAGGAAACGUUGACGGCUUGUACUCGUCGAUUGCAAGGGACCCAAUAGUUUUGGACAAGAUCGAUGAGAUUCCAUUUGUUGACACCCCAUUACACAUGGCUGCAGCCGCAGGACUGACCGAGUUUGCAAUGGAGAUGAUGAUGUUAAAGCCAUCAUUUGCUAGGAAGCUUAACCCAAAUGGCUUCACCCCCUUGCUCUCUCAAACAGGAAACCUCGAUCUGUUGGCUAAAAUUCUAAGACUCUGCCCCAAGUCGAUUGAAGAUGUGACAAGUCAAAGUGAGACUGCUCUGCAUGUUGCACUGAAAAACGACAUGUUAGAUGCUUUUCGGCUCCUGCUUGGAUGGCUUCGGCGGGCCUGGUUUAGAAGUGCGGGAUCAUUGGAGUCCAGGAUGCUGACUUGGAGGGAUUUGGAUGGUAACACUGUUGCACAUUGCAGCAUCCAAAAAUCAACUCCAGCCAAGAAUUCAGAGGGUUUUACUGCUCUGGACAUGGUGGAUAACCAAGAGAUGAGGAAUAUGUUAUGCCGUGCCAAAGCAAAACAUGCUUCAUCUCUUCCUAAGGUUGCUUCUUGGACAGAUUACUUCAUAUCUCCUGUCACAAUUAAUGAGAAGUUAUUCGUAUGUUUCUUUCGUGGGAAAAUGCAAAUGUCAAACGACAUGCGCAAUAUGCUGUUGGUGGUCUCUGUACUGCUUGUAACAAUCGCCUACCAAGCAGUACUCAGGCCCCCUGGAGGAUUUUGGCAAGAUAACUCCAUUCCUGGAACCAAUAAUCAGUUCAAUAUCACAGCCGCCACCAGCGCUACUAAUGAAGUCAAUCAAGUCCCACAUCGGGUCCAAAACAUGCCCAAUCUUGUUCUUGGUGUCCUUCUCAAGCUUCUGCAGCACAUGAACACAGACAUAAAGGUGGUGAGUUAUUCCCAAACCAAGGUUUCAGAUUCCUCUCAUGCCACCUAUGUAUCUCUCACUGAUGAACAUGAUGAUCUCAUUCUUAGUGAUAAGAUUCAAUUGGGUCAGUUUAUUCAUGUUGAGCGGCUCGAAGUGGCCUCACCAAUCCCUAUUCUUCGUGGGGUUAGGCCAAUUCCUGGCCGCCACCCUUGUGUGGGAAGCCCUGAAGAUAUUGUUGCUACUCACUCGUUGGGAUUUCUGAAAAAUGGAGGAGGAUUUCGACAUGCCGCCCCCGGAGGAGAUGAUGAAUGA